UUGAUAUUCGCACUGGCAUUUCUGGCCUUUCCUGUCCCAGGGGGCAGUCAGAGGAUAGGAGGCCCUGACCAUGGCUUCCCAGGCAGCCGGUAACCAAACCAGACAGCCUACCAGGCAGCCGGCUGCAGCUGCUGAUGAUGAUGCCUACGGCAGCUGGUACAUCGACGAACCCCAGGGGCCGGAGGCGCCCCAGCCUGCUGAGGCAGUGUCCGCCUGCCAGCCCAGUGUGCCGCUUGGCCUGCCGCAUGCCUGCCUGGCUGCCCUGUCGCUCCUGGCCCUGCUGCUACUGGCUAUGACCCUGAGGCGCCGCCGGCUCUGGCCCUGCUGUGGGCGUGGCUGGCCAGCACUGCCCAGCCCUGUGGACUUCCUGGCCAGGGACAGCCCCUUGCUGGUGCCCGCUGUUCUCCUCGUGGUCCUCUUCAGCUCACUGUGCCUUCUGCUCUCUGACGAGGACCCAUUGCCCUUCCUGUCCCUUGCCUCGCCUCCCAGCCCAGAUGGGGAAACUGAGACCUCGAGAGGGCCCUGGAGGAUGCUGGCCUUACUCUAUUACCCUGCCCUCCUGUACCCUCUGGCCGCUUGCGCCACAGCUGGACACCGGGUCGCGUACCUGCUGGGCAGUGUGCUAUCUUGGGCCCAUCUUGGGGUGCAGAUAUGGCAGAAGGUGGAGUGUCCCCAAACACCCAAGAUCCACAGGUACUACGCGCUGCUGGCUUCCCUGCCCCUCCUGCUGGGCCUCGGGCUUCUGAGCCUUUGGUAUCUGGUGCAGCUGCUGCAAAGCUUCAGCCUCAAGACAGGAGCAAGCUCCAAGGGGUGGCAGGGCAGCUACCAUGAGGAGUAUCUGAGGAGCCUCCUGUGCCGGAAGAACCUGAAAGGCAGCUCCAACGUCUCCAAACACAGCCUUCUGUUCCGAGCGUGGUGUGGCGCUAGUCACUAUGUCUACAUUCCCCAGCCAGGAUUUCGCCUGCCUCCGAUGGUCCUCCUCUCAGCCACUCUAACAGGGACGGCCAUCUACCAGGUGGCCCUGCUGCUGCUGGUGACUAUGGUCCCCACGGUGCAGAAGGCCAGGGCAGGGGUCACCACAGACGUGGCCUAUCUGCUGGCUGGUUUUGGGAUCGCACUGCCCGGGGACAAGCAGGAGAUUGCUGAGCUGGUGAAGCGCCAUCUCUGGGCCCUGGAAGUUUGCUACAUCUUGGCCUUGGUCCUGUCCUGCUCUCUCACCUGCCUGGUCCUGAUGCGUUCGCUGGUGGCACACAGGGUCAACCUGCAGGCUCUGUAUCGAGGAAGUGCCCCAGACUUGGGGCCCCCAGCCCACAGACCCCAGCCUUCCCGCCCUGCCAUAUUCUGCUGGAUGAGCUUCAGUGCCUAUCAGACGGCCUUCACCUGCCUGGGCCUCCUGGUACAGCAGCUCAUCUUUUUCCUGACCAUGGUGGUCCUGGCCUUCCUGCUCUUCAUGCCGGCACUCCAUGGCAGCAACCGCCUGCUCCUGCGGGCCCUGCAGUCCUCCUGGCACUUCUGGCUGACUCUGGCCCUGGCCCUGAUCCUACAGAACAUGGCAGCUCGCUGGGUCUUCCUAGACACACGCCACAGCCACCCAGAGCUCACCAACCGGCGAGCACUGUACGCCACCACCUUCCUCCUGCUCCCCCUCAACGGGCUGCUGGGCAUCCUGGGGGCCACCUGCCGUGUGCUGCUCUCUGCCCUCUACAACACCAUCCACCUGGGCCAGAUGGACCUCAGCCUGCUGCCUCCUCGGGUGGCCACUCUUGACCCAGGAUACCGCAUUUACCAGAACUUUCUGGAACUGGAGGCUAGCCAGUACCAUCCUGCCGCAACCGCUUUCUGCACCCUGCUGCUGCUGCAGGCACAGGAAAGCCGAACCCGUUCUUUGGGGGUCCCUGCCACUCCCCAAGACAGCCUCAGCCGGAGGGAGGAGGAGGAGGAAGAAGGAAUGCAGCUGCUGCAAACCAAGGACGCCAUUGCCAAGGGAACCACCAGGCCCCGGGCUAGCUGCUGCAGGGCCCGCUGGGGCCUGGCUUACACACUGCUACGAAACCCUAGCUUGCAGGCUGGGCGGAAGAGGGCGCUGUGGGCUGCCCGGGCCAAUGGCACCCAGCCCUGA